GUGCAUGCGUGGACCCUCCUCCUGCGUCCACCACCGAUCUGCCCUGCUGCCGCGCGGCGUCGUUGCUGCCUGCUGCGCCAGAGCAGCAUGCUGGGCCGCUCACUUUUUUGCAUUCAUUCCAGCCAUAAACGCCUCUCGUCAGCCAGUGGCAGGGCCUCUUGUAGCCGGGGCUACACUGUGCUGUUGUCAGCGACGGAAGCAGUGUCCAAGAUGGUGGCCUUGUUAGCUGCAGAUCAUCAGGCGCCAUGGCUAGCGUCAUCGUCCUCGUCGCCGGCGGCCCCGGUUUGGUUCGCCCUGCUGGUGGCCCUCGGCCUGGUCGCCGUGGUCCGGUCCGCGGCCGCCUUCCUCGCGUGGCUGCACCGCGCGUUCCUCCGCCCGGGCCGCGACCUGGCCGGCCGGUACGGGGCGUGGGCGGUGGUGACCGGCGCCACGGACGGCAUCGGCCGCGCGGUGGCGCUGGAGCUCGCGCGCCGGGGCCUGCACCUCGUCCUCGUGGGCCGGAGCCCCGCCAAGCUGGCGCGCGUGGGGAAGGAGGUCCGCGCCGCCGCGCCGUCGUGCGAGGUGCGGGGCGUGGCGUUCGACCUCGCCGCCGCCGGGGAGGACGCCGCGCGGCGCGGCGUGGCGCGGGUGGCGGCCGCCGUGGAGGGCCGGGACGUGGGCGUCCUCGUCAACAACGCCGGCGCGACGUACCCGUGCGCCGCCUACUUCCACGAGGUCGACGGCCCCGUGUGGGAGGCCGUGGUGCGGGUCAACGUGGAGGCCGCGACGCGGAUCACGCGCGCCGUCCUGCCGCUCAUGGCGGCGAGGGGAAGGGGCGCCGUCGUCAACGUCGGCUCUGGCUCCUCCGUCGUGGUGCCGGCGUUCCCGCUCUACGCCGUCUACGCGGCGACCAAAGCGUACGUUGAUAAAUUUUCUCGAAGCUUGAGCGUUGAAUACAAACAAUAUGGAGUAGACGUGCAAUGCCAGAUCCCUCUGUAUGUCGCUACCAAGAUGUCCCCGGUCAAGGGUGAUUCUCCAUUCAUACCAUCGCCAGAGGAGUACGCCAAGUCUGCUCUUCGUUGCAUUGGCUAUGAGGCAAGGUGCCUCCCGUAUUGGCGCCACUCAGUCCAGGGGUUCUUGGCAUCGUUAGUGCCAGAUGCUGCUCUCAACCAGUGGCGCCUCCGAAUUGGCAUCCGGAAAAGAAACGAGAUGAAGGCUCUGCUUGAAGAGAAAGUCUUCAGUUAAAUUGUUGUACUUAUUGUAUCGUGAUGAUGGGUUUCAAUAUCUGUGCUCUGUUUGGACUUCUGAGAAACUUAAUUGAGUAGUCUAGCAACCAGCACUGUCUUAGUCAAUUGGAGAAUGACUGGAAAUAAUCGGUUGUGUAUAACUCGUGAUGUUUUAUGAGAUGUAAAAUGUUGCUGUUUUCAUGAACUAGUGUUUAGAUCACUUAUUUA